AUGUUAUCCAUCAAGCAAACCAAACUUAUUCGACCACCGGCCGGGAUUGAUCCUCUUCAACGUCAGGAGGGAAACCCGAAUUAUCUAUACGCCGUCACAGCCUUUGUUUCGUUGGGCGCGUUCCUAUUCGGGUAUGAUCAAGGGGUGAUGGGAGUGAUCGUAGCUGAUCAACGAUGGAUUGAUCUGAUACAUCCUCAGAAUUCUUGGGUAACAGGGAUGGUUGUAUCUCUAUAUGAUGUGGGAUGCUUCAUCGGAGCCAUGUCCCUUGGAUGGCUCGCAGAUCCAAUCGGUCGUGAACGAACUCUGGCGAUUGCUUGUCUCGUUUUCAUUGUCGGGGCUAUACUCCAGGCGGCAUCUUACUCGAUUACUCAAAUCACCAUUGGACGAGUUAUCCUAGGAUACGGUGUCGGGGCCUGUGCUGGAGGAGUUCCUCUCUAUGUAGCAGAGCUUUCUCCGCCAGCAAUUCGUGGCCGCAUUGUGGCAAUCGAACAGAUGAUCUUAUGCUUGGGAGAACUAGUUGCAUUCUGGCUUAACUAUGGGUUUAACUUGCUUGAAACCAAAGACUGGUGGCGCAUCCCUUUAGCCAUCCAGAUCGUGCCGGCAAUAAUUCUUGCUGUCGGGUGCUGGUUCUGGGUUCCUCCUAGUCCUCGAUGGCUCGCCAGUCAAGAUCGACAUGAAUGUGCCCGCGAAGUCUUAACCAGACUCCAUGGAUCUGAGGCUGCCGAUCUGGAAAUGCUAGAGAUUCAAGGAUCGAUUGAAAUCGAACAUACUGUUAGUCAAGCAACGUGGAAGGAUAUGUUCACCAAGCCCGUUUUACGGGUCACUUUGUUGGCAAUGGGCGUUCAGUUCUUGCAGCAAAUCACAGGAACAAACUCGAUUUUGUAUUACACUCCAUCCCUUUUCGAACGAGGAGGGAUUACGAAUCCACGCACAGCGAAUCUAGCGACCGGUGGUGUUGGCGUUGUUUUAUUUGUGACUUCGUGGAUCCCAAUUUUCUUCUUCGAUCGAUUGGGACGUAAAACAUGGCUGCAGAUUGGAACCGUCGGAAUGAUGGGUGCAAUGAUUGGUAUAGCCGUGUUGCAGUGGCACGCCGAGCAUCACCCAGGCGACCCAGCCAACUACACGAUCAUCAUGUUUCCAUACUUGUUUUAUGUGUUUUUCAAUAUCAGCUGGGGUGUCGGAUCAUGGACCUACGCCGCCGAGAUAUUCCCCGUCUCUAUGCGGGCCAAGGGCAAUGCCCUCAGUACGGCGUCGCUGUGGGCCGCGUGUUACAUUGUCGCGCAAGCCAGUCCACCUAUUGGAGAUGCGAUUGGUUGGGGUCUAUACAUUAUCUACUCCGGGAUCUGUGUAGUAGCAUUUUUCUUUGUUCGGUACUGCCUAGUGGAGACUCGAGGGCGCACCUUGGAGGAAAUGUCUCGACUGUUCGGUAUUGAAAGUCGCUUAGCGGAGCGCAGUGGCGUGAAACCAAUGGCCCCCGACGCUACGGUUGAUGAUUACUUGGAGGAUCAUGACCACGAAGUUGGCUCGUCAUCCCGUGAAUAG